AUGGCGUCUUUCUUCUCCAGCUGGAAUCCAGUCGUAUCAUUCCCACCAUAUCACGGCCCUUAUGAUGUAGGCACCGUCGACGUCGAGAUCCCGGCCGCCGACCUCCCGACCCCAUCGACCGCGCCCGAGCGAGCACAGCCGACCGUCGCGUUCCGGAUCUUCUACCCAUGCGCCAAACCGACAGCGUCCGACCCUUCACGACCAGUGCGAUGGAUCCCACAGCCGCAGCGACAGACAAUCAGCGCAUUCGCACAAUUCAUCGGUGUGAAAUCCCAGCGAUGGGCAAACUUGAUCUCAUAUUUCCCACAGCAACUAUACUACAUCUCUCUCCCUGCGCAUCGCAACGCGAAGCUACUGGAUCCUCCAACGAGCAAUGGACGAUGGCCAGUGACAGUAUUCAGCCACGGUCUGGCAGGCAGCCGGAACGCGUACAGUUAUGUGUGUGGAGAUUUGGCGUCAAAUGGAACGAUUGUCAUUGCGAUGGAUCACAGAGACGGCAGCAGUCCCAUUCAAUACGUCCGAGCGACAGCAACAACCGAGCCGCACAUUCUGAAUCCAGUCAAGAUCAGCCACGAACCGAGUCCGGAGGUGUACGAGGGAAGAGAUGCACAGCUCAGGAUACGAUUGUGGGAAAUCAGCGUGGCAUACGAGGCUUUGAUGAAGAUCGAUGGUGGACAAAGAUUGGAGAACUUGGACAUCAAUGCGAGCACAAACCGAAAAGAGCGCGUUGAAGUGCUGGAUCAAUUCGACAGCCAAUUGGACAUACAUCGCGCGGGCAAGGUCACUUUCGCCGGACACUCUUUCGGCGCGGCGACGACAGUGCAAUUGCUCAAGAGCAUUUUCUACCAUAUGGAGAGACCCGCGGACGCGGGCAAACCUCUGAUUGCGCCGACCUCAGACGCAGCUAUCAUGCAUCAGAUCACGGAAGAGUCUCCCGCACUCCUUCUUGACAUGUGGUGUCUACCUCUGCAAUCCCCUGACCAAGCUUACCUCUGGGACCGACCUCUUCCAUCCUAUGCAGUCGGUGGACCCGCUGGAAGCAACGUCCUUUCCGUCCUGUCCGAGUCCUUCUGGAACUGGAAAGACAACCUCAAUCUCAACAAGCAUACCGUGGCUUCACCCUCGCGCUCCCGCCCCGACAGCCCUGCACGAACAGAAGGCCCACACAUGUUCGUCGUACAAAAGAGCCAGCACUUCAACCAAUCCGACUUCGGCCUCCUUUUCCCCUGGAUCGCGAAACGUGUCACCAAAGCUGAGGAGCCCGAGCGAAUCCUCGAGCUCAAUGUCCGCGCUAUGGUGCAAGUCCUGCGGUCGAGUGGGAUCGAAGUCGCCGGAGCUGACGACCCGGAGGUUCUGGACAAGGACGGCGAGAUUCGACGGUGGACGCAUGUGCCGAUUGAGAAUGAAGAUGAUGAUCGAGUUUUGGAAGGCGAAGAGGAUGUCAAGAAGGUGCAGAGGAAGUUGUCGGUCAUAUCGCAGAGUGGGAGGAGUUCGCUGGUGGGCAGCCCGAAAGUUAGAGACGGUAUGACCAUGGGGAGUAAGAUGGAGAAGAGCUUGGAGCCUUUGUCGAUCUAG